AUGGACGAAAUCGUCUUUGCGAACCUGGACCGCUGGUGCUCCAUCAUACUCCGUGGGUCAUUCCCUCCAAGCCCCCUCCCCUUUCUCAUCCCCUCUCCUCCUCUAACCACCACCGACAAACAGUCCUUCUUCGGCGCAAUGGGCUGCAUAUCCGCCAUAGUCUUCACGGUCCUCGGCUCCUCCUACGGCACCGCCAAGUCCUCCGCCGCAAUCUUCUCCGCGGGCGUCCUCCGCCCCGACCGCCUCAUGCAGAACACCCUCUGCGCCAUCAUGGCCCAGAUCCUCAGCAUCUACGGCCUCGUCGCCGCCGUCAUCAUCGCGAACCGCCUCGUCGAGAAGCAGGCCCUGCACACGAGCUUCCUGCAGUUCGCCGCGGGGAUAAGCGUCGGCCUGUGUGGGCUUGCGGCGGGGUUCGCGAUCGGGAUCGUUGGCGAUGCGGGAGUCAGAGCCACGAACCAACAACCGCGUCUGUACACAGGCAUGGUCCUAAUCCUCAUCUUCGCAGAGGUUCUAGGCCUCUACGGCCUCAUCGUCUCCAUCCUCCUGCUCUCGACUUCGCAAACGCAAGUCACCGACUGCUCAGGCUCCUGA